CACGCGCACAUUAACAUAUAUUUAAAUGUACGUAUGUUUUUACGUACGUCAAUAUAUGACCUUGCCGGUGUUGGUGCUGUUUACAGUGAUAUCGGAAGAUAUUAGCCGGUUUUCUUAAAAUUAAUAGUGUUAAGUUUGUGGAGUUCAAAUAUAGUGUAUAUAAAUAAAUGACGGAUUGAAAGCUAUUAAGGAACAGUGAUAAACUUAUUGAAAAUGUAAAUAAUCGUAUUUCAAAUGUGUCAAAAAUGUGUGUAAAAGUAUAAAAAUAUCCUGUAAAACAUUGCAUUGAAUUAGGCGUCCCUAAAUUCAACUUCAAAAAUCUGCAAUUAUAAAUCUGAAAAGUCUUAGUAUCUCUGAGAAAUUCCAUUGAAAUGCCAGCAAAGCUACAUAAACACUAGUGCCAAAUACUGAAAUGGAUCAGACUUCAUAAAAACUUCCUAUAUCUUAUAAAAAGACUUUAAAACAGAUUAGAUAUAAAACUCAGUGAAAGUGUCUCCACAAGCACCAUGACAGACGUCCAAGAAAGUUCCUCCGAUACCACGGACUCUCCCGAUUCCCCAAGCACUACCAACAACAAAUUCAACUGGAUAAAACAACAGGCCAGGGCUCGGAACAACCCCUUCGUGAAACCCCGACCCUCGCUUACUAGAGAAAGCUCAACUUCAGAACUGUUCUCAAGGACGAAUUCUAGUGCGGACUUCUUUCAAAGUUCGAGGCUGAAUCUGUUUGAUACAGCGCCGAAGCCAGAGACCAAUGAGAGAUUUGGAAAGGGCGUAUCGUUCAUAGGAUGGCACCAGCGGACGCGGCUGGAGCGAGUGCUGCUUGUGCUGUCAGCUUUGCUGACGUUGGCAGUUUUGCUGACGACAUGUCUGCUGCUAGCCAUGCGGGGUCCAACGUAUCUGCCCGUCCCGCCUUGCUACCAACCUGAACCUAAAGAAAGCAGCGUCUGCCUGUCCAGUUCCUGCAUCUACACAGCCAGCGAGGUCAUCAGGGCCCUCGACGAGACUCAGAACCCCUGUGAAGACUUCUACGAGUUCGCCUGUGGGGGUUGGAUGAGAAACAAUCCAAUCCCGGAGGGCAAGUCACAGUGGGGCAUCUUUAGCAAGAUCGAGUUGCAGAAUCAGCUCAUCAUACGGUCUGCUUUAGAUAGAAGGAUGACUAUCAGGCAUCUAGUUGAGCUCACAGGCAUCUCGUAUGGCAGCAUUCAAAGAAUCUUAACUGAUGAAUUACAUAUGAAAAAAGUCUCCGCUCGUUGGGUGCCUAGAAUGUUAACGGCUGAACAAAAGAAAAUACGUUGUGAGAUUUCGAAGUCUAAUCUUGAAAAAUUUCAAACUGAUCCCGAAACAUUUUUGCGUCGGUUUGUAACCAUGGACGAGUCUUGGAUCCAUCAUUUCGAUCCUGAGACCAAACAGCAAUCCAUGACCUGGAAGCGAGCGUCGUCCCCUACACCGAAGAAAUUCAAGGUAGCAAUAAGCUCCGCUGGUAAGGUCAUGGCUUCAGUGUUUUGGGAUGCUGAGGGAGUCAUAAUGAUCGAAUACCUGGAAAAGGGAACCACUAUUACGGGCUCCUACUACGCUGACCAAAUACGCAGAUUGAGAGAGGCAAUCAAAGAAAAGCGGCGGGGUAAACUUCGAGCUGGCAUCCUGUUUCACCAGGACAACGCACCGCCCCACAAGGCCGGUGUUGCGAUGGCUGCCAUCCGUGAUUCAGGGUUCGAAUUGCUGGAACACCCCCCAUAUUCGCCAGACCUAGCCCCCAGCGACUUUUAUCUCUUUCCACGGCUGAAGGAAGAUCUUAGAGGCAACAAAUUUUUGAAUGAUGGCGAGGACAUUGAAAAUUUUGAAACGUUGUCAACCUUUGAUUUGCAAGAGCUUCUUCAAAAUAUACAGAAUAAGUACAAUUUGGGUGGAUUAUUUAAUUGGGCGGUUACAGAAGAUGACCGGAAUUCUUCGAAAUAUAUUAUAGUUCUGGACCAAGGGGGUCUAAACCUGCCAACACGCGACUACUACCUAAACAAAAGCGCACACGCGAAAGUUCUAGAAGCUUACCUCCACUACAUGACAAGAGUAUGCGUCCUGCUAGGUGCGAACGAGACAAAAGCUAAAGAGCAAAUGAGCAAGGUGAUCGAAUUCGAAACGGCGCUAGCUGGGAUAACAACUCCCUCUGAGGAUAGAAGGGAUGAAGAGGGAUUGUAUAAUCCGUUUACGUUGAAACAGUGGCAGAAGGAAGCGAAUUUCUUGAACUGGACGGCGUUCUUCAAUGACGCUUUUAGAUUAGUUGGAAGAAGUAUAUCCGAAAAUGAAAGAAUCGUCGUGUACGCGCCUGAAUAUUUCCGGAACCUGACUAAAGUAAUAAAGAACUACACUAGAUCAAAAGAAAAGAAAACGAUCUUAAAGAACUACCUCAUCUGGCAAGUGUCUCGCUCGCUCUCGACCUACUUAUCCAAAUCCUUCCGAGAUGCCACCAAAAUUCUACGCAAGGCUUUGUAUGGAUCUGAGGGCACAGAAGAAUCUUGGAGAUAUUGUGUUACAGACACUAAUAAUGCGCUUGGAUUCGCAGUAGGAGCCAUGUUCGUUCGAGAAGUGUUCCACGGAGAAGCCAAGACGCAAGGAGAGUUCAUGAUAGACAACAUUAGGAACGCGUUCAAGAACAAUCUCAAGAACUUGGAUUGGAUGGACACGGAGACGAUGAAGGCUGCAGAGACCAAAGCUGACGCUAUCACAGAUAUGAUAGGUUUCCCGGACUACAUCCUUCAGAAAGAGGAAUUAGACAAACAAUACGAAGAACUGACUAUUCAUCCCAACGAGUACUUCCAAAACAACAUCGCGUUCAAUCUGUUCAGCUUGAAAAACGACUUGAAGAAAUUGGACCAGCCCGUCAAUAGAACGAAAUGGGGAAUGACACCAUCAACGGUAAACGCCUACUACACUCCAACCAAGAACCAAAUAGUGUUCCCCGCCGGCAUCCUGCAGCUACCUUUCUACGAUGGUGACAACCCUAAGAGCGUCAACUACGGAGCUAUGGGUGUUGUCAUGGGGCAUGAGUUGACACAUGCGUUUGAUGACCAGGGCAGAGAGUAUGACAGAUUUGGAAACUUGAACCAGUGGUGGAACAAUGCCACCAUAAACCGCUUUAAGAAGAGAGCGAAAUGUAUCCAGGAGCAGUACUCCAGUUAUUCUAUGGAGGGCCAGCAUUUAAAUGGGAAGCAGACCCUGGGUGAGAACAUAGCGGAUAAUGGAGGUCUGAAGGCCUCAUUCCAUGCAUACCUGGACUACAGUAGGACAGAGGCCAAAGUGAACUUGACUCUACCCGGCUUGAAGUAUAACCAUAGACAGUUGUUCUUCAUCUCUUUUGCACAGGUAUGGUGUUCCUCAAUGACCAAAGAAUCUACUAAAAUGCAAAUAGAAAAAGAUGACCAUACUGUCGCAAAAUACAGAGUGAUAGGCCCAAUAUCUAACCUGAAGGAAUUUUCCAAGGAGUUCGACUGUCCCAUAGGCUCUAAAAUGAAUCCAAAACAUAAAUGUGAAGUAUGGUAAAGUUGAAUUGAAUAUUUUGCUGGUUUGGCGUGUUGAGAGCUUCAGUGCUGCUGCGUUCCUAUAUUUAUUACGCCUGAAGUGUGUUGUUUAUGCGAGUAACAUUAAAGUAACGCUAAACAAAAAAUUCAAAGGCUAAUACAGUGUUAAACAUUUCUAGCUCUUCAACUAUUUUCAAGAACUGAGUAACUCACAAUGACGUGAUGUGAAUUUGACACUGACAGUUGACAAGUAGUACAAUUCAGAACAAAAGUGCUUUAAGCCUGUGCUACACCUUCCUUAAAAUUAUAACAUUCUGAAUAAGUAUAUAAAAUCAUUAAUUUAGAAAAGUAUAGUCACAGGAGUAGCCUAGUAAAGAUUAAUUUCAGUUUUCCUGUCUCUUGUCUAGAUCAUUUAGGAUGAUAUAAAAAGGAAGAUUAAUUAACAGUGUUUUGAUAUAAAGUAGUAGAAAAUAAAUCUUUGUAAAUGUCUCGUUUUACACAACAGUUAUUUAUGAUUUUUUUGUGGUUCCAUUUAAUAUAAUUUCUACUAUUUUAUAUCGCACUACAGCACGGCACUUAAACCUAGUGCUCUAUGUACCUACUCAUGUUCAGCUCACAGUCCUCCAAGACCAAAAAUCGCCUUAUCUGUAAAAAAAAAUAUUCAAAGAGAAUGUCUUAUGCUCUUGGAAGAUUGGAGUCAGGACAGUAUGAGUACAUGCUAGGUUUUAAGAAUUACAUGCUUAAGCUCAAUACACUCAUAUACUCUAAGUAUAAGGGUGUUGAAAAAAAGAUUUUGUAAAAUAAAAAAGUACCAAAUUGUCAUAUGCUAAAUCUAUUUAAAGUAAAAUGCCUCAAAUGCUUGUGAGAAUGAAAGAUUUUUUUAUGAAAGGAUAUAGAAUGUUUGGGCAUUUUUGUAUAUCGUAGUAUAAUUAUGAGCUUAGAGUAGUCGUGAUGAGAACGGAUUAACGGGUUACUGAUCAAAUAGAAAAACUGUAUAAGUUAAUGGUUAAUGGAAAACACUAUACGAAACUUAUGUGUGCCAUCCUAUAUGAAUGUACAUUUAGGAUAUACCUACGAAUGGGCGUAGUGGGGAUUUAUGUUAUUAUUUUAACUAUGGGAUCUUACUUGACUUUAUUAUUGUAACUUUUCCUGUAUUGGUUUUAUCGCACGGUCAUCACAUAAUUGCUUAGGUACCUUAACAAAAGACUUGUCACCCCAACUUGACUUAAUUUUUUGUUAUAAGAUAUCAAUUAUCAAAAUGCCUUACAGGCCGGCAACAGACAGUCUUAAAUUUCAUAAUAUUAAGAAAUCAUAAUCUUAUGAAAUUAGAU